AUGGCAACCAUCAAAGCAGAUAUCGAGCGAGGGCUGCAGCUGUCGAAUCCAGCGGCUGCUCUCCAUCUUUCACAACAAGCCUCCGCCCUCUUGAAGAAGCCCUAUUCGUCGUCGAUAUUACCCUUCGCUACUUCCGAGAACCCCGAACAAUGGAUUGAGUAUGAGCAACUUUUCCUCAUAUGUUUACGGACCGGCGACGACAAAGCUGCGCAUCUUUGCCUGGAUCGUCUUACAGAGCGCUUUGGCCCUGCCAAUGAACGGAUUAUGGGGUUAAGGGGUCUCUACCAAGAAGCGACGGCAAAGGACGCCUCUGCCCUUGAGGCGAUUUUGAAGGAAUAUCACAAAAUACUUUCGGGGAAUGCCGUUAAUGUGCCCAUUUUGAAGCGUCGUAUUGCGCUCCUGCGCUCGAUGAACAAAUACGAUGACGCUGUGUCGGCAUUGGUGGAUUACCUGGAAGCUUUCCCAACAGAUGCCGAGGCAUGGUGCGAACUUGCAGACUUGUAUCAAUCGAAUGCAAUGAGCGCCCAGGCGAUUUUCAGUCUUGAAGAAGCUCUUCUCGUCACGCCCAACUCAUGGAAUGUAAAUUCUCCUUCACCCCCGCAUAAGAGGUAUGAAUCAGUGUCUGACUUCGAGGAACAGCUACAUGCACGACUCGGAGAAGUUCUAUACAUCUCUACGACACCCACCGACCGAAGUAUUUCCAUCACGCAAACGUUAUCGAGAUCGGUCAAGCAUUUCCUACGAAGCCUUGAGCUAUGCGACGAUUAUGUGAGAGGAUUAUACGGUCUCAUCAUGACUGCGACGGAACUGAUCAAACACAUACAAAGUCGAACUGAGCAAAGCACUGACCUCGAAGUACCGUCCGUCAAGACGCUGGAGGAACUAAAGACUAUAGCUAUCCAGAAAGCAGAGAAGCUGAUCCAAUCACAACAGUCGACUACUCACCCGCUAGAUGGUCUUGUGUCGCUUCGAGAGCUAGUGCAGCAGAAAUAG